CUUUAGUUGUUAGCAUUUUUUUUGCUGUUUACCAUACCUGACAUAUAUUCACGUUUUUUCAAAUAGUUUUUAAUUGAGGUUAAAUUAGCGUACAUUAUCGUAUUUUUAUUGUUGACUUGGCUGUGCAUGAUGACCUAACAUUGACUCAGUUGCUUGGUUAAUGAUUCUUUCUUCAGUUCGCAAAUUGGUUUUAGCGGUAGAUGUUUGUUUCUGCUUACGUACACAUUUCGUAAAAAGUUUCCAUUGUUCAUCUCAAUUGUUUAAAAAAUUACCUGCCAACUGGCAACACGGUCGAUUAAUUGCUCAUCGUCGAAGUAUUCUCAAUAAGAUGGCUGCCACCGAUAAAUCCAUUCAAGAAAUUCUGCAACCCUUAAGGGACUCUGUUAAAGAACAAGGUGAUCUUGUGAGGAAACUUAAGGAAUCCAAAGCAAAUGAUAUUGACAUUAAAAAAGCAGUAAACGAGUUGAAAGCAAGGAAAAAAAUUCUAGAGGAUAAAGAAAUAUCACUAACACCUAGUGAUGCUAUCUUCCAAAGAACCCGGCUAGAGGAUUUAUUAAAGAGACGUUUCUUUAUCGACAUUAGCUUUUCUAUCUAUGGUGGUAUCUCAGGACAGUAUGACUUUGGUCCUAUGGGAUGUGCCAUGAAGCACAAUAUUCUAAAUCUAUGGAGAAAUCAUUUUGUCAUAGAGGAUAGUCUUCUCGAAGUUGAUUGCACCAUGCUUACACCAGAGCCUGUUCUUAAAGCCUCUGGACACGUGGAAAGAUUUGCUGAUCUUAUGGUUAAAGAUGAAAAAUCCGGAGAGUGCUUUCGAUUAGAUCAUUUGAUCAAAGCUCAAUUGGAAAAAAUUAUGGAGGACAAAGAUCUUAGUCCAACUGUAAAGAAUGAAUGUGAAGAAAUCAUUGCUCGACUAGAUGGGUACUCAAAGGAUGAAAUGGCUAGUGUUCUGAAAAAAUUUGACAUGAAAGCGCCAUUGACUGGCAAUGAUCUCUCCGAACCAGUAGAGUUUAACUUAAUGUUCAGCACAUCAAUUGGACCAAGUGGACAAGUCAAAGGGUUCCUCAGACCUGAAACAGCACAAGGAAUUUUCGUCAACUUUAAGCGAUUACUUGAAUUCAACCAGGGUAAAUUGCCAUUUGGUGCAGCCCAAAUCGGUAAUGCUUUCCGUAAUGAGAUUUCUCCUCGAUCUGGUCUUAUUCGUGUUCGUGAGUUCACUAUGGCUGAAAUUGAGUAUUUUGUGGAUCCAGACAACAAAGAUCAUCCUCGAUUCCAGACAGUGGCAGACAUGAAAUUACCAUUGUUUUCUGCUUGUAAUCAAAUGGAUGGUAAACCGGUGGAAGAAAUGUCACUACGUGAUGCUGUUUCCAAUAAAAUAAUUGCCAAUGAAACUCUUGCUUACUUUAUGGCUCGCAUUUACCAAUUUUUAGUUAAAAUUGGAGUUAAUCCUACCAAAGUUCGAUUUCGACAACAUAUGGGAAAUGAAAUGGCUCACUAUGCCUGUGAUUGUUGGGAUGCUGAAUGUCUCACAUCCUAUGGUUGGGUUGAGUGUGUCGGAUGUGCUGAUCGAUCAUGUUACGAUCUUACACAACAUUCGAAAGCAACUGGAGUUAAACUUGUUGCUGAAAAACCACUAUCAGAACCAAUGGAAGUAAAUAUUGUCGAUUGUUUACCUGAUCGAGCCACGAUUGGUAAGAAAUAUAAAGCUGAUGCAAAAAUUCUUUUAGAUGGUCUUGCUAAACUUUCAACUGAAGAUCUCAACAAUAUAGAAAAAGUUCACGAGAAAGACGAAAUUUACGAACUCAAAUUAGAUAAUAAGUCAUUUCAAAUAUCUAAAGAAAUGAUAAAGAUUCGUCGUUAUCCCAAGAAAAUCUACGUAAAAGAAAUCACACCAAGUGUUAUUGAACCUUCAUUUGGCAUUGGGCGUAUAAUGUACUCCAUAUUUGAACAUAGUUUCAAAAUAAGAGAGGGUGACGAACAACGAGUUUACUUAACAUUGGCUCCCAUCAUUGCACCAACUAAAUGUUCUGUGCUUCCAUUGAGCGGUAAACAAGAGUUUGUGCCAUUCGUGCAACAAUUAUCAUCUAAACUUAAGGAGUUUUCUAUUUCACAUAAAAUUGAUGACUCUGGUGUAUCCAUUGGAAAAAGAUACUCACGAGCUGAUGAAAUUGCUAUACCAUAUGGAAUCACUGUGGACUUCGAUACUCUCAAAGCCCCAUACACCGUAACUCUUCGUGAAAGAGAUUCCAUGCUUCAAAUUCGUUUGCCUGUUGACGAAACAGCUCCCUUAGUCAGAGACUUGUGUUCAGGUGUUAAAAGCUGGGACGAUGCUAUGAAAAUGUAUCCUCUCUUCGAACAACAGGAAGCAUCCAAAGAUUAGUUAGAUAAACUUCUCUAUUCUCUUGAUCAAUUUGUACUUUCGUAACGAAUGCAUUGCCUAAACAGCCUUUUUUGUAUAAUGGUAGUACUCGUAUUGAAUCAACAUAAAAAAAUUUAUUUAAUAAAUUAAUUCAUAUAUUUGAAGGACUUUCAUCUGAAA